AUGACCCCAAAUAAUGAUGACAGUAUAAAUGUUAAAACAAUAAAAUUUUCGAAUGAAUACCCAAGCAAUAAAUAUAAAUUUUUAGAAGCAAAUCAAGAAAUUUUGGACGAGUUAAAAAAAAAUAAAAAAUUGGUUAUUAAAGGAGGUUUAAAUGAGGAUGCAGUUUUAUGUACCGAGGAUAAAACCUUUGCAAUUAGAGCAGGACAUACAUCAAACUCAAUGUUAUUAAUUACCAAAGAUAAUGAAAAUAUAGUAUCAACACUACAAUAUCAUUUAGAGUUAACAGAAAUCCAACCAAAAUUAAAUCCUUUAAGGGAUUUGUUUUUAGAAAGAUCAAUUAAAACAUCAGAUGAUUUAGAUAAUAAUAUUCAAGAUGCCGAUGAGGAUGAUGAAAAUGGUGAAAAUAAUAAAAAAAGAAUCAUUGGUUUAACAUAUAAAGAAAUAAUUAAUAAUACACAAUCAAGCGAAAAAGAAAUUCAACAAUUUUUACAAAAAUUAAAUACAUUAUGUUAUAAUGAUAAAUAUUUUAUAUUUUCAGAAUCAUACGAAUUUAAAAUUUUAGAAUUGAUUUUAACAGAAAUAACAAUUAAUAAUUGGAGUUUAGAAAAUAUACCAAUCGAAAAAUGUAAAGAUAAUAUUAAUGCACCAAAAGCUAUUAUAGAACAUUGUUUAAAAUUAUACAGAAAACCACAAGAAAAUGCCAAUGAUGAAGGAGGUUCUUGUUCAUUGGAUUUAAAUAAAAUUUGUAUUUUUAGAGCUAAGCAAAUACUAAAUGUAUCAAUAAAAAGUAAUAUGAGGUUUGAAGAGUUUAUGGAGACAUGGAAAGACUCGCUACCGGUUAAUGUUACACCAAACUUUUCAAUGCUAAAGGGUAUUGCAAUUCUUAUCACCGUGGGUAAAGAUAAGCAAGUUAAAUAUAUCAACGAAUCAACAUUAUCAUCGAAUCCAAAACAAAGAUUUAAAGAGUUAUUUACAAUUUCUGCCAGAUGGACAAUUGAUGAUAUCGAACCAUUUAUCAGAUCAACAAUACCUCCAGGAAACUCUUUAGAGCAAUUUAUUUUAACUUAUUCAAGACCAAUUACAACUCCAACUGGCGAAAGAAUGCUUGCAACAAGAUUUUAA